UCGACUCGAGUUUACGUGCGCGCACGCGCGUGUUUCCAAAAAUCUUUCUCUCUCUUUCUCUCUCUCUCUCCCUCUUCGUCUCCCCACCCUCGACGCGGAUCAACCAGCCGACCGAGAGAAAAACAGACGGCCAGAAGGAAAGCAGGGGAACGCGGAGACACGCGAAACCUUUUAAACCAUCUCGACGGUUUCUUCGAGCGAAGAAAAGAGAGAGAGUUCUCGCCUAAUUUUCCCGGCCACGCUUUUCCGCUCGUUCUUCCGUUCCUUUUUUUUUUUUUUUUUUUUCGCCGCGUACGUCCAACGCCUCUCGGACUCUGUUUGCUGUCGGACACGCGGACAAGAGAGGACACGGGUGUACCACGCGCGCGAUAGACACGGGCCCAGCUACUUAUUACACCUUACUACACGCGGGUACCAUCCGAACGCCACCAUGUGCUGUGUGUGUGUACAGUGCAGUGUCUUCUUGGUGCUAACUUAGUGAUUGAAAGAAUAUUUGAAAACUCGCCCUCGAGCGACGAGAGGUCGCGCGGCGACUUAUCGGGAUUGAUAACAGUUUAAGAAGGCGGGGCCCAACACAGACAGCAAUUAUCCUUCGUGAUCGUGAAACGAACGAGCAGGGAAUCACCUAUGAUCUCCCCUCGGAGGAGAGGCCCCCUCACUAGGACCACGCUUCCGGCAGAGAGGCACCGUUUCUGGCACCGUUCCUAAUCCUCCCCUCCUCCCUCCUCCCUUCCUCCCCCCUCCUCCCCCUUCUAUCCCCCUGUUUCUCGGCGCCCCCUUUCUCCCCCCGUCCUCCACCAUCCACCACCUCCCCCUCGGGACGGAGGAGCAGCGCAAGCGGACGGAGGAGGAUCGCCCACCCACAGCCACCCUCGCCCUCCCCCCCCCUCUCCUCCCCCCUCAUCGUCAUCAUCGUCGUCAUCGUCAUCAUCAUCCCGCCUCGCGACGCAAGGACGCGACAAGGGCCUCCUGGACAGGAUGGACAUGAGCAGCGAGUCGAGCGCGGCCAGGUGGUACGAGCCCCCUAGAUCCACGCUGGAGCCGCCCUCGGGGGGUGCGGGAGUCGCGGGAGUCGUCGCCAAUCCGACCGAUUACAGGGGUUACUACCCUCACGCCGGACCGACCGCCCAUCACCCCGCAGCAGCAGCCGCUCACUAUGCCCACACAAGGAUGUCGAGCAGCGGAGUGACGAGCGGGCCGGUGAGCCAGGUGUGCCGGCCGCACUUCCACAGCUCGGUGCUUCACCCGUGGCUGUCGGGGAGCGGGGCGGACACGUCGAAGACGCCGUGGGGAUUCCCGACGACGACGGGCUCGGCCGGGAGCGGGGUGACCGACGACAAGCCCCAGAGCCCCCUGGGAUCCUCCCUGCCCCCGAGCACCGGCAGCCUGUCGAGCCACGGCGGGGCGGGGGCGGGCCACCACCUAUUCUCCUUCCCCCCGACGCCCCCCAAGGACGCGACCCCCGACAGCAUCACCGCGAGCACCACCUCCACCGCCAACAACAACAACAACAACAACAACAACAACACCACGAGCGCCAACAACAACGCCAACAACCCCCUGUCGGGGCUCGGGGGUGGGGCGAGCAGCGAGUACCAGGCGGCCGUCGCCCACGCGGCGGUGAUGGGCGCGUUCAUGCACCACCAGGACGCGCUGGGCGGCGGGGGAGCGGGCUCGUGCGACGUGAAGCCGAGCGUGAUGCUGACCCAUCACCACGGCGCACCGUCGCCGCCCCAUCAACAGCACAACGGGACGGCGAACGGCGGGAACGGAGGGACAGGGGCGAGUGGAGGCGGCGGGGCGAGCGGCCAGGUGAAGCAGCGCGAAGGUAAUAAUCAGUCGGGCAGCCAACAGGCGAGCACCGCGCAACAGCAGCAGCAACAGCAGCAACAGCAGCAGCAGCAGCAGCAGCAGCAGCAGCAGCAGGAGGCCGCGUAUCAGGGGAGCAACGUGGCUGGCGGGGGUGGCGGUGGUGGUGGCGGGGGGGCGAGUUCGCCCUCGUGCAGGGAGAGUUACGCGGCCGCUGCCGCCGCCGCCGCCGCAGCCGCGGCCGCGGCUGCCUCCAACACCCACCACGCGACCUCCGGAUCCCAGUACGACCCGGCAACCAGCGCGUAUAACAUGUACCAGCACCUGCAGUAUCCUAGUACCACCCACCACCAUCACCAUCACCAUCAUCACGCCGCCUCCUCGUCGUCUUCUUCGUCUUCGUCCCACAAUCCGCACAACGGGGCCGCCGCGGUCUCCGGUAUAUUCGGCCACCACGCGGCGGCGGCCGCGGCGGCCGCCGCGGCAGCCGGGGCCGGGAACGCGGCCGGCGUGGCCGGCGUUAACGUCGACUCGAAGCUGUUGGUCGGCCACGUGCACGCCAACACGCCGAGCUCGCCUUCCGCGCAGCAGCAGCAGCAGCAAAAGCCCAGGAACAAGUCGAGAACGUCCGCCGAGGGCCGCGAAUGCGUGAAUUGCGGCGCGACAUCGACGCCACUGUGGAGACGAGACGGUACCGGUCACUACCUCUGCAACGCUUGCGGCCUCUACUACAAGAUGAACGGGCAGAAUCGACCUCUCAUCAAACCGAAACGACGGCUGUCGCUGCAGAGUGCGGCGAGGCGGGCGGGCACCAGCUGUGCCAACUGCAAGACCGCGACCACCACGCUCUGGCGAAGGAAUCAGGCCGGAGAGCCAGUCUGCAACGCGUGCGGCCUCUAUUACAAACUGCACAACGUGAAUCGGCCGCUCACGAUGAAGAAGGAGGGCAUCCAGACGAGGAACAGGAAACUGUCGUCGAAGAGCAAGAAGAAGAAGGCUGGCGGUUGUCUGGGGCUUGGUGGCGUGAUGGGUGAUAUGAUCAAAGCCAGCGGCCACCUCGACCUCGACAACAAACCCUUCCACUCAGGCUUCGGCUCACCCAUGAGUACGUCGCAGCAUCAUCACACGAUGCAUCCAGCGAUGCAGCACUACAUGUAUCACACGGGGGUGGGGGUAGCGGGUGGGCUUCACCAGGGAUUCGCGCCCCCUGCGCCGCCACCCAUCCACCCCCACUCGCACUCGCACUCCCAUUCCCAUCACAUGACGAGUCUUCAGGGUCUCCAGUUGGCAGCCACGACGAACGCGAUGACCGGUUGGCGAUCGGAGUACACAUGAAUCGUGAACGAUCAACAGCUCAGGACGCAGCCCACCACUCUCGUUCUAACGUAGAUCGCGAGACCCGAGCUCUCCUCUCUUUCUCUCUCCGCGAAUUAUACCGAGAGACGUUCGAGAGGCGCGGAAAAAAGAAACGAAGGAAUACGUGAAAAAAUCGGACGAGUCGCGAAAACGCACGUUUUCCCCAAUUUUUUUUCUUUCUCUCUCUCUCUCUCCUCUCUUCCUCUCUCUCUCUCUCUCUUUCGUUUCUUUCUUUCUUUCGAAUCUGUACCCUUUUUCGUUUCGCGAUCUCGAAUGUAAAUAUGUAAAGUUUCGCACAAGGUAAGGGCAGUCGAGCCCAGGCCCCAAGUACAAACGAAGUCAAGCUAAAUAACUCGUAUCGUGUCUAAUUAGACGUGCUCCUGUAAAUAGACGAACAAUUAUAUAUAUAUAUAUAUAUAUAUAUUACAUACAUCUCUAUAAAAUCGCAAGAGUUUCUAUUCUAACGUGAGUACAUAAAAGCGUGAAAUAAAAGAAGAAAAAAAAGAAAAAAAAAAAUAACGGGAGGUUAUUAACGUUACAACCUCCCCCCCCCUCCCCCUCCCCCUCCCUUCCCUUUAUCGUGGAUCGUCCCUUCGAAGACGAUUCUUCUACCGAUGGCUGACGAACGAGCGGGGAUUAAAAUUAUUUAUUCGAGGAUAUAUAUAUAUAUAUAUAUAUAUACGACGUGUUCAAUUCUGUUCGAAAAGGGUAUGAAACCCUUGGGAACCGGAAUCGGUCUUCGGAGGCCGAGGUGUAUUACCUAGUUUGUAAGCGUGUAUAUCAUCCAACAUCGUGCGAAACAUCGUGCAAUUUUAAAAAGUCUUUUUAUUAAAACGCGAAGAAUUUGCCGCGUUGAGGGGAGGGCCAUUGGACGCCGAUUUUCAUUCAUCAUUUCGUCCCUUUCGUCCCUAAAUUCUUCUCCUUUCGUUCUCCACGUUCCACGAGGAACAAAUUAAUGUAUCGAAUAUAUAUUUUGCACGAACGUUAUUCGAAGAAGGAAAUGUGGCGGUCCGCUUCUCCGUGGAACGCGACGCGGUGGCGCCAUCUGCUCGCCGACGAAAUUCAGUAGAAAACAAGGACUUAUUUUAUACGUAAAUACCAACGUUUCCAACGGUGAUUCUUCCUCGUGGAACGCGAUCUAUUCGUCGAUAAUUUACAACGAUGAAAUCAAUGUCGUUAAACGGAACCAAUCUCGACAAUCGCGUUCGACGAGGAGAAAGAUUAAAACGAUCGAUCGAAAAUAUAUUUUCUACCGUUCCGACGAGGCGUGAUCAGUUUUUCCCCCUCCCCUUUGGAACGCGAUUGUAGCGCCAUAUACUCGUCCAUAGUUAAUCUAGCUAGGUGGAACGCCGUUAAAUGGUGGAAGCUUUCAAUCGCGUUCGACGCGAGGAGAGAAAAUAGUCGAACAAUCGAUCGAAGGAAUAUUUUCUGCUCGGUUCCAACGGAAAUAGUUACGGUGAAUUUUGGUGUCAUCUUCUCCCAUACAAUGCUCGAUCUAUUUUAUUCCCCGCGCACGAGAAUCGGCGUCCAGUCGUUCGAGCCAUCGCGUCGUGUGUCGUGUUUAGCGAUAGCGAGCAGCAACGUUAGGUGUAUAAAGCACACGUAGAAAAAAAAAAAAAAAAAAAAAAAAAAA